GCGGUGAUGAGAGCUGGCAAACAAGCCAAGAAGUUUUGAAAUAAGUUAGUGUCGCUGGGCCACACAGACUCAAUGGGGCUUAUCUUACCUACAUAUGAAAUGCCGUAAAAAAUAAGCCGAUCGGGACAGACCAGAACGAGUGAGUUAAACUGGCAGAUGGCACAGAAGUGUGACUUUUAAAAAAUACUUAAUAGGAGUUGCUGUUAUGCAUUUUAAAGUUUAGUUGGCCACCUUGGACUCUAUGUGGAUUUUACAGAUAACAUGGGGAAAUUACCCGGUGUCACGCCUGGCAAAGUAGUUCUACUCAUCGUCUGCUGGAUCCAGUUUUCGGACGCACUGCAGUGUUUAGGUGUCCGGGAGCCAUGUGAGAAUGGUGCCACCUGCGUCACCUAUUACAACGGCACAGGUUACUGCAGGUGUGGCCCUGGCUUCGUCGGGGAGUACUGCCAGCACCGGGACCCCUGCACCCCGGGUUUCUGCCGGAACGGGGGCACCUGCAGUGCCAGCGUCUCCUGGGUGCCGGGCAGCCCCAUCUGCACCUGCCCGCUGGGCUUCACGGGGGACAACUGCCAGACGCCCCAGAACUCCCUGUGCCACCCCAAUAACCCGUGCCAAAAUGGAGGCACAUGCACUCUGCUGUCCCCAAACAAGUACCAGUGUCUCUGCCCCCGCAGCUGGACAGGUCGGGAAUGCAAGCUAUGGGACGUCUGUGAUUCCAGCCCCUGUUACAACGGGGGCACCUGUGUGCUUAAGCAGGGGGGCGGGUACCGCUGCAGGUGCCCCAAGAGCUACACGGGCCCACAGUGCCAGGACGACCGGAACGAGUGCGCCUCCCCGGGCGCGUGUCAGAACGGCGGGCGGUGCGUCAACACGCCGGGGUCUUACCAGUGCGUGUGCCCGGAGAGGUUCACCGGACGCCGCUGCGAAAGCACCUACGUGCCCUGUUCGCCCUCGCCGUGCGCCAACGCGGGCACCUGCCGACCCACCUCCGACACCAGCUACCAGUGCCACUGCCUGCCAGGCUUCACCGGCAAGAACUGUGAGAUCAACAUAGACGACUGCCCCGGGCACCAGUGUCAGAAUGGAGGUACCUGCUUGGAUGGAGUCAAUACCUACAACUGCCAGUGUCCACCUGAGUGGACAGGGACCCUGUGCACAGAGGACGUGGACGAGUGCCGCCUGCAGCCCAACAGCUGCCAGAACGGCGGCACCUGCAGCAACACGCAGAAGGGCUACGAGUGCGUGUGCGUCAACGGCUGGACCGGGCACGACUGCUCGGUCAACAUCGACGACUGCGCCACGGCCACCUGCAGCGCCGGCUCCACCUGCAUCGACCGCGUCGCCUCCUACACCUGCCAGUGCCCCCAAGGAAAGACGGGCCUGCUGUGUAACAUGGACGACGCCUGCACCAGCCAUCCGUGCCAGAACAGCGUGAGCUGCGACACCAACCCCAUGACCGGCAUGUUCAUCUGCAGCUGCCAGCCGGGAUACAAGGGCCUCACGUGCAGCGAGGACAUUGAUGAGUGCAUGAUCGGGCUGAACCCUUGCGAGCACAAUGGCCAGUGUGUGAACACAAUUGGCUCGUUCUCCUGUAACUGCGCGCGUGGAUACGGUGGCCCUCGGUGCGAGCAGGACCUCAAUGAGUGUGACUCCUCCCCCUGCCACAACGGCGCCACCUGCCUGGACCAGAUCGGAACCUACAGCUGCUUCUGCAUGCCAGGGUACCAGGGAGUGCACUGUGAUAUCGACAUCAACGAGUGCGAGAACUCCCCCUGUCUUAACCAAGGGACGUGCCUGGACAAGGUCAACCAGUUCACCUGCCUGUGCCACCCAGGUUUCUCUGGGAAGACAUGUGAGGUGGACCGCGAUGAAUGCGCAAGCACCCCCUGCCAGAACGGUGCCAAGUGUAUCGACCUGCCUGGCGGUUACGAAUGCGAAUGUGCCGUAGGCUUCAGCGGGCCCGCGUGCGAGGAGAACGUGAACGACUGCGACCCCGAGCCCUGCCACCACGGCACCUGCCGGGACGGCAUCGCCGACUACACCUGCGACUGCCUACCCGGGUACACCGGCAAAACCUGCAAGGACCCCAUCCAGGAGUGCCAUAGCAACCCCUGCCAGAACCGCGGCCGCUGCGUGGACGGGGACAACGAGUACCGGUGCAUCUGCCUGCCUGGCACCUCCGGGGUAAACUGUGAGUUCAACGUUGACGACUGUGCCAGCAACCCAUGUGAGCACGGAGUGUGUGAGGACGGGGUCAACACGUACACGUGUGUGUGCAACGCUGGCUACACAGGCGAGAGGUGUAACGUGGAGAUUAACGAGUGCAGCUCCAACCCCUGCCAGAAUGGGGGCACCUGUAAGGACAGGGUGAACGGCUUCCAGUGCAGCUGCCCCCCGGACACGCACGGACCCCUGUGCCACUCUGGGGUGGACCUGUGCUCUCCGCAACCCUGCGUUCACGGACAGUGUGUGGAGCUGCAGGAAGGGUACCAGUGCAAGUGCGAGUCGGGCUGGACGGGUCGGCGCUGUGAGGUCGAGAGGGACGAGUGUGAGUCCAGUCCCUGUCAGAACGGGGCCACCUGUGUAGACCGCACUAACGGGUACACCUGCAGGUGUGGGCGUGGAUUCUCAGGUUUGAACUGUGAGAUCAACAUAGAUGACUGUGAGUUCAGCCCUUGUCUGAACCGGGGGACCUGUGUGGAUAAAGUCAAUGGCUACACCUGCCACUGCGAACUGCCUUAUACAGGUGCUCGCUGUGAAACGAAGCUGGAUCCUUGUGCUUCUCAGCCCUGUGAGAACAGAGGGACAUGUCGCCCGUCACCUGACUACUCCACUUACAGCUGCCAGUGUGCUAGUGGCUGGCAAGGUCCACAGUGCACUCAGGAUGUAGAUGAGUGCAGAAUGAAGCCCUGUCAGAAUGGGGCCUACUGCAUCAAUAGAUGGGGAAGCUACAAGUGCCAGUGUCAGCCAGGUUACAGUGGCUUCAACUGCCAGACCAACAUCGAUGACUGCACCCCCAACCCCUGUCUGAACGGAGGAACCUGUAUGGAUGGAGUGGCCAGCUUCUCCUGCGCCUGCCGGCCCGGGUUCGAGGGCGAGCGCUGUGAGGUGGAGGUGGACGAGUGCGAAAGCCACCCCUGCCGAAACGGCGGCCGGUGCCAGGACUACGUCAACAGCUUCGCCUGCCAGUGCCAGCCAGGCUUCGACGGCCUCCGCUGCGAGCGCAACAUCCUGGAGUGCACGGAGAGCUCCUGCCUGAACAACGGCACCUGUGUGGAUGGGAUCAAAACGUUCUCCUGCCGCUGUCCGCCCGGCUUCACCGGCGACUUCUGCCAGUACGACGUUAACGAAUGCGACUCGCAGCCCUGUAAGAACGGAGGCACCUGCGUAGACGGCCUGGGGUCCUACAGCUGCGUCUGUCCUAUGGUGUACACAGGAAGCAACUGUCAGUUCCCGGUGAACUUUUGCAGCCGGAUCGUGUGCCUCAACGGGGGGACGUGCAACCAGGAGGGGCAGUCCUGGAAGUGUCGCUGUCCCGUGGGCUGGACCGGGCUGUACUGCGACAUCCCAGAGCUGUCCUGCGAGGCCGUCGCCGCCCGCAGAGGUGUGUCGGCGGGGGAAGUGUGCCAGCAUGCCGGCUGGUGCGAGAACGCAGACGGCACUCACCGAUGCCACUGCCAGCCGGGGUACGCUGGCAGCUACUGCCAGGAGUCGGUGGAUGAGUGUCUGUCCAACCCCUGCCGCAACGGUGCCACCUGUAAGGACCACCAGGGAGGAUAUACGUGUGAGUGCCAGGACGGGUACCAGGGGGUGAACUGCCAGUAUGAUGUGAACGAGUGUCAGUCCCACCCCUGCCAACAUGGAGGGACCUGCAUCAACCUGGUCAACAGCUUCGCCUGCAUCUGUCCCCCCGGAACACAGGGGCCACAGUGUGAGGUGGAUAUUGAUGAGUGCGAUGCCAGGGUGGACCCCUCGGGGCCGCGCUGUCGGAACGGGGGUCAGUGUGUGGACGGGCUGGGGCGCUUCACCUGCUCCUGCCCCCCGGGGUUCACGGGCCAGUACUGCGAGGGCGACCUCAACGAGUGCCUGUCUGAACCCUGCAAGACCCCCGGAACCCUGGACUGUGUGCAGCUGACCAAUGACUACCAGUGCAGGUGUCGCCUAGGUUACACAGGACGCCACUGUGACUCCAUGGUGGAUCUGUGUCAGUCCAAACCCUGUUUCAACGGGGGCACCUGCUCCAUGAACAGCAGCUCAGUGCAUGGAUACACCUGUGUGUGCAAGCCAGGCUUCUCUGGCCACACCUGUGCGGAGUUGGAGGGGUUCACCUGCGCUCACCUGCGCUGUCAGAACGGUGGGCGCUGCCAGGAGGCCGUAGGCGGGGGCCCCGAGUGUCGCUGUCCCCCGGGAUUCUCCGGGCACCGCUGCGAGGUCGCCCCCAGCUGCCUGUCCCUCCCCUGCCAGAAUGGAGGCACGUGCCUCAAAGAGCCCCAAGGCCCCGCCCAGUACACCUGCCGCUGCCCCGCCCCCUUCUCCGGCACACACUGCGAGCGGGUGGGCGUGGCCACGCCCCCCGCCGCCUCCUGCCCCUACCCGGAGUGCGAGGCCCGGGCCCGAGACGGGGUGUGCGACCCGCAGUGUAACAGUCACGAGUGCCACUGGGACGAAGGGGACUGCACCCUGCACCGCCUGCCCUGGCAAAACUGCACCGCCGACGCCGCCUGCUGGGACCUCUUCCUCAACGGCCACUGCGACCCCGAGUGUGACAGCCCGGGGUGCCUGUUCGACGGCUUCGAGUGCCAGACCCCGCCCGGUUCCUGCAAGUACGAGAGGUACUGCGCCGACCACUACGGCAACGGGCACUGCAACGAGGGCUGCAACACGGAGGAGUGCGGCUGGGACGGGCUGGACUGCGUGGGCGCCGAGGCAGAGCGGCUGGCCGACGGCACGCUGGUGGUGGUGGUGCUGCUGCAGCCGGACGAGCUGCUGGCCGUCCUCAGGACCUUCCUGCGCUCGCUCGGCGCGCUGCUGCGCACCAACCUGCGCGUCAAGAACGACGCCCAGCAGCGGCCCAUGAUCUACCCCUACUACGCGGGCCAGGGCGAGGGCCUGACGCCCAAACACAAGUUUAAACGGGAACUGGAGAGGGAGGUCAGGGGGUCCAAGGUGUUCCUGGAGAUCGAUAACCAGCAGUGCGUGCAGAGCUCGGCGGAGUGCUUCUCCAGCGCCGACCAGGCCGCCUCCUACAUCGCGGCGCAGCACCAGGCCUCCACGCUGCCCUUCCCGCUGCUGUCUGUCGACAGCGUACCCAGGGAGCUCGAGAGGCCUCACAUGCUGUACCUGAUCGCCGUGGCUGCGGUCAUCAUCGUCCUCAUCGUGGUGCUGGGCGUGCUGGCGGCUCGGCGCAGGCGCAAACACGGCGUUCUCUGGCUGCCUGACGGCUUCCUCACCAGGGACCACAAACGCCGGGAGCCCCUUGGCCAGGACGACCUCAGCAUGAAGAGCAUUGUGAAACCCCAUGAUGGAGGGAUGAUCAGUACCAACCAGAAGCAUCACUGGCCAGAUGACCCACAGCCCAAGAAAGCAAAGAUGGAGAACGGGGUAGAGGCGGGUGGGGUCGACCGUCGCGAGUGGACACGACAGCACCACAAAGCAGCCGACAUCCCUCUGUCUCCGCCCCAGUCUGAGCUCGACGUCGACUGCCUGGAUGUCAAUGUCAAAGGGCCAGAUGGCUUCACGCCGCUGAUGCUGGCGUCCCUGCGCAGUGAAGGAGCCCCGGAGUGCUGCAGCCUGCUGGGAGAGGGGGAGGAGGAGGAGGAGGAGAGCGGGGCGGACGAGCCGGGCACCUGCAUCAUCACCGACCUGAUCGCCGGCGGGGCCUCGCUCGUGGCCCAGACCGACCGCACAGGCGAGACCGCACUGCACCUGGCCGCCCGCUACGCCCGCGCCGACGCCACCAAGAGGCUGCUGGACGCCGGGGCCGACGCCAACGCCCACGACAACAUGGGCCGCACCCCGCUGCACGCCGCCGUUGCCGCAGACGCGCAGGGCGUGUUUCAGAUCCUCCUCAGGAACCGCGCGACAGAGCUGGACGCCCGCAUGAACGACGGCACCACUCCCUUGAUCCUCGCGGCCCGCCUCGCGGUGGAGGGCAUGGUGGAGGAGCUGGUGCACUGCCACGCUGACAUCAACGCAGUGGACGACCACGGCAAGUCGGCUCUGCACUGGGCAGCAGCGGUCAACAAUGUGGAGGCGACACUGGUGCUGCUGAAGAACGGAGCCAACCGAGACAUGCAGGACAACAAGGAGGAGACUGCGCUGUUCCUGGCGGCGCGGGAGGGCAGCUUCGAAGCGGCGCAGAUCCUGCUGGACCACUUCGCCAACCGGGAGAUCAGCGACCACAUGGACCGCCUGCCCCGGGACAUCGCCCAGGAGCGCAUGCACCACGACAUCGUGCGCCUGCUGGACGACUACAACCUGAUGCACAGCCCGCACGCCGGCCCCGCCCACCUGCCGGGGGCCGCCGCCCACCCCUCCCUCUGCGUGAGCAACGGGGGGUUCAUGGGGCAGCGCCCCCAGGGGAAGAAGAACAGGCGCGGGGGCGUGAAGGCGGGAGCGGGCACGGCGAAGGAGCCGAAGGACGUGAAGGCCAGGCGCAGGAAGAAGCCGGCCGGAGGGGAGGGGCCCGUCGUCGGGGGCAGCGGGGAAGGGGGAGGCAGCAACGGCCCUCAGGCUGGCAGCAGGGAGACGGCCGGCUCUGUUGCUCCGAGCUCCGUCGUUCUGUCGCCGGUCGACUCCCUGGAGUCGCCGCACGCCUGCAGCGGAGAGGCCAGCGGAGCGGCUCCGCCCACCGUUCACACGCCCCUCCUCCCGCCCGUCGCUCACAUGCUGGGCCAGCAGCAGGGCUGGGCGGGCCAGUCGCAGCACGGCUACGGCCCCGCGUUCGGACUCCUGCCCUCCCAGCUCUCCGGCCCGCACCCCGGCCUGCCCCAGCCUCGCUCGUCCGGCCCGCACCCCUCCAUGAGCGUCCCCCUGAACCAAGACCACCUCUCGCCCGUCGUCGCCUUCCAGAUGAUGGCGCCGGUGAGCGGGCAGAGCCAGGGGCAGCCCCGCCCGCAGCAGGGCCCCGCUCACAUGCACUGCGGUCAGGGCAUGAGGUACCCGCAGCCCCACGGGGGCCUUCCCCAUCCCCGCCCCUACCUGCACGGCCCAGCCGAUGGCCAGCGGCGACCCCAUCCGCCCUACCACCUGAGCCCGGUGGAUCCGUACCCCACCCCUCCCUCCCAGCACAGCUACACCACGGCCGGGUCGGAAUCCACGACCCCCCAUCACAUGCCGCACGCCCCUGGCGAGCACCCCUACCUCACCCCGUCCCCGGAGUCCCCCGACCCCUGGUCCUCCUCCUCUCCCCACUCCAACUCGGACUGGUCCGACGUCACCACCAGCCCCACCCCCCUGGGGAACGCUCACGCUCUGGCCCUCCCCCGACGCACCCACCUUCCCGAGCAGCAGGGCCAGGUGGGGAUGCAGCAGACGCAGCCCCGGGGCAGCAGCAUGCAGGCGUAUGCCUAGAGACGCUCUCAGUCGCCCCCUGCAGGCACACAGACACACAGCAGCAUGGAGGCAUAUGCAUAAAGAUGGCCUCUAUCCCCCCUUCUGGUGCACAGACACACAGCCCUAUGCAUUUCCCUCUUCUAUACUUUCUGUCAUGUAUUGCACUAAUUUCCUGUCCUGUCUCAUCCUCACUGCCUCCCCUCUGCUGCUGUUUACACAUGGACAGCUUCCUGCGAGACGGUCCCUAAUGAACUGCUAAUUCCGGCAGGAAAACCAAACGCAAAUGAAUAAGCGGACUGCUUAUUUUCUGCGUAUGUUACAAGUAAUCAUGUGAUCUGAGCUAAAAAAUCAAGGACGGCACGGUUUAGGGCUUGGCAGAGCAAAGGAGCCUUGGAGGUUUUGAUUUUUUUUAAAAAUGUCAUGUUAUUUGAGGAAACUGAAUCCAGUGAAAAGCAGGACAAAUGGACAGGAUGGACUGGAUGUGUCUGCUUGCGGGAGCCCUCUGGGUCAUUUUCCAUGAGGAAUAUGCUUGUGUGACUUGCAACGUCCUCCCCUCUUUUUCUUCCUGCUGUAUUGUUGGUUAGUUAAGUACUCCCCUGACAAAAAAGACUGGCAAU